GAUUUGUAAUAUAAAAUUUUAAAUACACCGAUCAAAAUUUUAAACAAAUGAAAUAUAUAAACAAAAUUAUUUAUAUUUAUGACAUGAGUAUUCUAGACAUGAUGAAAUGAUAUUAAGCCAAUGGUGAGAGGCCAGAGUUAAUGGCGGAGGUUCGAAUUAAAAUCAGACAUAAUGUUAGGUGUGUAACAGUUUUGACAUUCAUAUAUUUGUACAGAAUUGUUUUGUGUGUCAGACUGUUAACUUACAAUUUAUUUAUUUAUCGACAUCAACUUACAAAUUCUUUAUCACCAAUCCAUAUACACCUUUUAAUACAAAGUAAACAUGCGACCUUUAUUUAUUUAUUUAUUUAUUUUUGUAAUGUUGUAAUCUUUACCGUAAGGCACUAUAUAAAUAAAUAGUGUUGCCCGAAAAAAUAGUCAUAUAAGUAUUGCAUGUAACAAUAGCUUAGGAGUUUUGUUUAGAGUUAGUUUCGUCAGUUUUGGAACAACCAUUUGAUUAUUUUGUAAAUAGAUCUUCCAAAUUAUCACUACCUAGCUAAUUAUAACGUGAUUAGAUGGCCUAACUAAAACGAAGAGUUAUCAUUUGGCAUUUAAUUUGGCUUAUUGAGAAUAUAAAACUCAUUAACUUCCUCAUCAAAAAAAAUUCGAACGUGGCGAUGUAAUGGAGAUAAAGUACUAGGCUAUUAGCUUAGGUUACCCAUAGCCAACUACCUCUCAUCUGAUCGUUGCCCAAACUAGUUCACAAUUCUGGUCAAUAACACAAUCUAAAACCCUAAAUUGUUUUUUUUUUCUAUUUAAACCUCUAAAAAGAUUCGACCAUUGAUAUUCACAAAAACACAGAGCCAUAAACCCAAAAGAAAUCCUACAUUAAGUGUAAGAAAAGAAAAGUAAUAGACACACACGAGAAUCAAAGAGCCGCAGGAAUAUUAAGACACAAACAUUUGUCUGCUCACCAAACCAAACCCAUCUUCUCCUGAGAGCCUAAGUUUUUUUUUUGUCACCUCACACAAGAAAUUCAUGCAAUAUUCUUCACCCACUUGCUAACUAACAACCUCUAUUUCUAUUAAUUUCUCUUCAUUCUUCCUUUCAAAGAUUAUCAUUCUCUUCUUUUGUUUUAUUUUGUCACAAUGAAUACCAAUUCUUCUUACAAUUUCACCUUCAAUGAUGUUCUCUUCUCUUCCUUUUCUUCCUCCAGUGACCCUCUGGUUACACGGAGGCUGUUUCUCUUGAGAAAUGUUCAAGUUCUUGAGCUCUUAAUCGCUCUUUUCGCCUUUGUCACCAUACAUUCCUUGCGUCAGAAGAAACACUACGGUCUUCCCGUGUGGCCGUUUCUUGGGAUGCUUCCUUCUCUAGCUUUUGCCCUCAAAGGAAACAUAUACGAGUGGCUAUCAGAUGUUCUCUGUCGUCAAAACGGUACGUUUCGUUUCAGAGGCCCAUGGUUAAGCAGCCUCAACAGUACUAUAACUUGCGACCCAAGAAACAUCGAGCAUCUCCUCAAGAACCGUUUCUCUGUCUUUCCUAAAGGCUCUUACUUCCGAGACAACCUUCGAGACCUCCUAGGAGACGGAAUAUUCAACGCUGAUGACGAGACUUGGCAGAGGCAGAGGAAAACCGCAAGCAUCGAGUUUCAUUCAGCCAAGUUCAGACAACUAACCACUCAUUCGUUGUAUGAGCUCGUGCACAAGAGGCUCUUGCCAGUUCUUGAAACUUCGGUUAAAAGCUCUUCUCCCAUUGAUCUUCAAGACGUCUUGCUGAGGCUAACGUUUGAUAACGUAUGCAUGAUUGCCUUUGGAGUCGAUCCAGGGUGUCUUGGUCCUGACCAACCGGUUAUACCCUUUGCCAAAGCCUUUGAGGACGCGACAGAAGCCGCAGUUUGUAGAUUCGUCAUGCCUACUUGCGUGUGGAAGCUCAUGAGGUAUCUUAAUAUAGGAACAGAGAAGAUGCUAAGGGAGUCUAUAAAAGGUGUGGAUGAUUUUGCUGAUGAAGUUAUCAGGACGAGGAAGAAAGAACUAUCUCUUGAGGGUGAAACCACAAAGAGAUCGGAUCUGUUAACUGUGUUUAUGGGUCUGAGAGAUGAGAAGGGAGAAUGUUUUUCAGACAAGUUUCUUCGUGAUAUAUGUGUGAACUUCAUACUUGCUGGGAGAGAUACUUCUUCUGUUGCUCUGAGCUGGUUCUUCUGGUUGCUAGAGAAGAAUCCAGAAGUGGAAGAGAAGAUCAUGUUGGAGAUGUGUAAGAUUCUGAGGCAGAGAGAUGACAAUGGAAAUGGAGAGAAGAUAAUUUAUGCUCCUGUUUUCAGACCAGAAGAGAUCAAGAAGAUGGAUUAUCUACAAGCUGCUUUGUCUGAAGCUCUUAGAUUAUACCCUUCAGUUCCUGUUGAUCACAAAGAGGUCCAAGAAGAUGAUGUAUUUCCGGAUGGAACAGUACUGAAGAGAGGAGAGAAAGUUAUAUACGCCAUCUACGCAAUGGGGCGUAUGGAAGCAAUUUGGGGAAAAGACUGUCGUGAGUUUAGGCCAGAGAGGUGGCUAAGAGACGGACGGUUUAUGAGUGAGUCGGCCUAUAAAUUCACUGCCUUCAACGGUGGUCCACGUCUUUGUUUAGGCAAAGAUUUUGCUUAUUAUCAGAUGAAAUCUACCGCGGCUGCAAUAGUUUACCGAUACAAGGUGAAGGUGGUGGAGGGUCACAGAGUGGAACCAAAGCUAGCUCUUACAAUGUACAUGAAACAUGGUUUGGUGGUGAAUUUGAUCAACAGGAGUGACUCCGAGGUUGAUCGGUACUAUGCCAAAUCUAUUGAUGAUUAAGAUGGUGAUCAUAAGAAGACUGUUUACUUA